AUGAAUAAUAAUGGUACUCUUAUUUGUGCUGGUAGUGGUACUGGAAAUGGUAAUAGUAAUGGCACUAGUACUGAUAAUAGUAAUGGUUAUGGUACUGAUAAUGGUACUGGUACUGGUAAUGGCACAGGUACUGGUAAUGGUACUGGUACUGGUAAUGGCACAGGUACUGGUACUGGUAAUGGUACUGGUAGUGGUAAUGUCACAGGUACUGGUAAUGGUAAUGAUAAUGGUACUGAUAGUAGUACUGGUACUGAUACUGGUACUGGUAAUGGCACAGGUACUGGUAAUGGUACUGGGACUGGUAAAAGUAAUGGUAAUAAGAUUGUUCAACCAUCACCGACAUCACCAAUAACAUCAUCUGCGAGUCUCUCAGCAACGCCAAAAGACGAAAUUUAUAUUGACGAUGAGAGCAUUGAAGGAUCAGGCGGUCGUGGCGGGCUGCACGAUGAUUUAGAUAAAGAUCCCGAUUAUUCCGGUUCCGGUUUUGGACCAGAUGACGAGGACUCAUCCACCGAUUUACAACAAUCGCAUCGUGGCACACAUACACAAUCGGGUAAACAUAAUACAGUAUUGACCACCGACGACAACGACGAUUUAAUCACCAGUAGAACUCAUCAUCAAACGAAUAGUGGCACAAUCAUUGGCAGUAAUAGCGGCAGCAAUUCAGGCAUCAUCGGUGGCAAUAGUGGUAGCAACACUGGCCUCAAUACAAUUGCCACAACGUCAGCUAAACAAUCGCCAUCAAUCACAACCACCAACUCACAAAACACACCCACUCUCACCUACAUAUCCACCACAAGCUCGGCGACGGCGAGCAAAAAUCGCGGCUCAUCCCUUUACCCCAACCAAGUCCAACAAACCCACUUACCCGCAGCACCCCAUUACCCUGCAGGCCACACAGACGACGAAGACUUCGACCUCGGCGAAGGCGAUGGUGUUGAGGACGUCGACGACGAGCGAAAACAACAUAUUGCCGGCAGCGGCGAUGGUGGCGAUGAUGAGGAUGAUGACGAUGACGAUCACACUGGCGAUAUUGACGAAGAUGGUCAGGAAGGUCUCAUCGAACGUCCUUAUCAGCGUCAACAUGAGUUCGGUGUGGGCAGUGAGCCGAAGAGUUCGGUUGAAAAUAGCACCAGCACCAGCAGCAGCGGCAGUACAACCUCCUCAUCCACCACCAGCACCACAACCACCACAGCUGGCGGCGGCAUUAGUAGCAGUAGCGAUGGCGGUGAACGCAAAAAGAUUUUGGCUGCUAAUGGUGAUGAAGAUGACGAACUUGUUGUGGAUGGCGAUGAGGAGGAUGAAUUCGAUGAGACUUACGAUGAAGACAACAAGGGCGAUGAUGAGGAUGAUGAUGACGAUCGUGCGCACGAGGAGGAUGACAACACCGAAGUGUAUAUCGAUGGUACGGAGUCGAACGCAAAGAGCGGCAGCGACAGCAACGAGGAUAACGAACUGACGCCUAUGCUACGCUGA